AACAGCGAGACUGCAUCCUGGGCUCCGGAAGCCGGCAGCUGGAGCGGCCGGGGUCAGAGGAUGCUGAGUCCCGAGCGCCUCGCCCUACCGGACUACGAGUAUCUGGCUCAGCGACAUGUCCUCACAUACAUGGAAGAUGCAGUGUGCCAACUGCUAGAGAACAGGGAGGAUGUUAACCAGUAUGGCAUUGCCAGGUUCUUCACUGAAUAUUUUAACAGUGUAUGUCAAGGAACUCACAUUCUCUUUCGAGAAUUCAGCUUCAUCCAAGCAACCCCUCACAACAGGGCAUCAUUUCUGCGUGCCUUCUGGAGAUGCUUUCGAACUGUGGGCAAAAAUGGGGAUUUGCUGACCAUGAGAGAAUAUCACUGUCUCCUGCAGCUCCUGUGCCCAGAUUUCCCACUGGAGCUCACUCAGAAAGCAGCCAGAAUUGUGCUCAUGGAUGAUGCCAUGGACUGCUUGAUGUCUUUUUCAGAUUUCCUUUUCGCCUUCCAGAUCCAGUUUUACUAUUCAGAGUUCCUGGAUAGUGUGGCUGCCAUCUACCAGGACCUGCUGUCAGGCAAGAACCCCAACACGGUGAUCGUGCCAACAUCGUCCAGCGGGCAGCACCACCAGCGACCUGCCUUGGGUGAGGCGAGCACGCUGGAAGGAGUGGAAGCAUCGCUGUUCUACCAGCGCCUGGAGAGCCUGUGUGACCGGCACAAGUACAGCUGCCCACCCCCAGCACUUGUCAAAGAGAUCCUCAGCAGUGUUCAGAGGCUGACUUUCUAUGGAUUCCUUGUGGCCCUCUCAAAGCAUCAUGGAAUCAAUCAAGCCCUAGGAGCUUUACCUGACAAGGGGGACCUGAUGCAUGACCCAGCCAUGGACGAGGAGCUGGAACGGCUGCUGGUGCAGGUCCCAGGCCUGGUCAACCCCAUCACUGCCACUCCAGAGGCCAGCUACCUGCCUUCCCGGACCCCUUCCCGGGUUGGCUCCCCUUGGAGGCCUCUCCACCACCCUCGAAAAGUGGAUGCAGAGAGUGAUGGCUCCACUGAAGAGACAGAUGAGUCUGAGACUUGAGGAGUCUGAAGGGCCUUGCCUAUGCCUGGUCCCCUGCUCUCCCAUCCAAUCCAUGGUACCCCACCUAACCUCACCUAGAGCCUUGCAGUGCUGCCCUCUGCUGGCAGAAAAGCAGAACAACCACAGAGACCUGCCAGUUCAAUCAUCAGCCAAGCCAAGCAGUGACCUAGCUUUUUUAGCCUGUUCUCUCUGGCACUGUCAGCCUUUGGACCUAAGCUGACAGACUAUCCUGAGGUCAUCUGUCAUCACUGGGAAAGGGAUUUGCCCUAAGCCGUUUGUUGGCAGUCCCCCUGACCUCGUCUCAGCCCAUCUCUGCUAGUCCCCUGAACUGGCCCCAUCAAAGAUGACACCGGAGAGCAAUACUGGGAAGACAUACCAACUGUGGCCUUCUGCUGGAAAAAUCGGUCACUGGUCAUGAUAGUAGAAAGAAGGGUGGGCAGAAAGUUCACUUGCAAAAGUCUGCUUCAAGUCUCCUGUGUCUAAUAGCAAAUCUGUGAAAUGAAUAAAGUCCCUUGUGUCUGCUAA